AUGUCAUGUGAACAUCCAUAUUGUUCUUAUCCUAUUCAUUCUAUAUGUACAAAUCAUUGUCAUUGGUCUCUCUGUGAAAAACAUAUAAAUGAACAUCGAAAAUCACUUAUAAACGAAUUUGAAGAAUUACUUGAAGAUUUAAUUAAUCCAACAAAUGAAUUAUCAAAUUUGAUGGAAACAAAAAAACAAAAAUUUACUACCGAACAAUAUAAACAACUUGAAUGUCUUAAACAAUCUUAUGAAAAACAAAUAAAUCAAAUUGAACAACCAUUAAUUAUAAUAAAUAAGUUUAAAGAAAAAUUUGAUAAAAUAUCUAAACAUUUAAUUCAAAUAAAAACUGAUGAAAUUUUAUUAACACACAAUGAUUUUCAACAAAUUGAUAUAUUAUCAAAAGAAAUAAAUCAAUAUAAGAAUUCUUUAAAAGCUGUAGAAGAAAAUAGAAUUAAUGUACAACAAACACCAAUUCUAUAUACACAAUGUCCAUUGACAAGUUUAAAUAUUUAUGGUUUAUUAUCAUCACAUAAUGUACCUUUAUGUUCUCCGAAUAAAAAAAUUCGAGAUUUAUUUAAACAUUUUCAUAUUUAUCAUCAUUUGACAAUUCAUUAUGCAAAUGAAUUAAUCAAUGCUAUUAGACUUAAUUUAGAUCCAAUACAAACAAUAAUAUUUCCUUCAAAUACAAAAAUAAUUACUAUUGAUGAUAAACAAAUAUGUCCAUUAAAUAAUACACCACAAGAAAGUGGAAUUCGUUCUACACCAUGUACACAUAUGGUUACUGAAAAAUUUUUACCAGUACAUUUACAAAUUGUUCAUCGUCUUCGAUCACCACAAGUUAAAGAACUGAUAGAAAAGACUUAA